AGCCGAAGCCCUCCACCCGUGGCCGGCCGCCGCGGGCCGCCCCCGUGCCCGGCCCCCCCCCCCCCCGCGGGCGGCGGGGCGCGGAGGCCUCCGGCGGCCGCCAUGGCGGACACGUCCAUAGAGAUGAGAACGGGGGGGCAGACGGACGGCGGGGCGAAGGCGGGCGGCUUCCAGACGACGCCGGGCCGGGCGCCCGGGGAGUCCUCCGCGGACUUCGAGCGGGAGGACGGGCCCUCCUCGGUCUCGCGCCCCGGGGCGCCCGAGAGCCCGCUGCAGAACCCGAUGUACAUCGGCGGGGCGGUGGCCGCGGCCGUCGUGUUCUUACUCAUCAUCGGGUUUGCCUUCAGCGGCGGCAGCGGGCAGGGGUCGCCCACUCCCACGCCGCCGGGGGAGCCUCCGGCCAUCUCGCCCGCCGACAUGGAGCGCUUCAGAUCCGUCGUGGACAGCGCCUGCGAGAAGCAGGUGUACAAGAGCCCCUCCGAGCUCACUCACCUGGAGCACUUCAUGGCGCAGUUCGUGGACCUGUGCAGCUCGAAGGGGCACACGGACGCGGUCAUCGAAUCGCCCACCAGCACCGGUGAUUUUCUGCUGAAGGCCCGGGGCCCCCUGCAGCACGACCUGUACUUCAAGCCGCUCACCGAGGGCCAGAAGGACAACUUCCUGAACUUCUGGAAGGAAAAGGAACUCAAAGAGCGGAGUUACAUGAUCCCCUUGGUGGCGAUCGUCGAGAAGGACGGCCAGGCCUGGGGCGUCGAGCCCAGCCCGUACCUGGACACCGGCAAGAAGGGCAAGACCUACGGCAUCCGCGGCGAAGGCCACGGCGAGUGGGAGUUCGACUUCGACACCGGCCCCGUCAAGAUGACGAUGGAACACUGGGAGAAGAUGACCAUCCGUCUCUCCGAGGACGUCUCGAACUUGUUGCAGCAUUCGAACUCGCAGUACAAGAUGCAGGUCACUGUUCUCGGUGAGGAGGAAACGACCAAGCAGAGCUCGCUCGGCAAGCACGUGUGGUCGGUCAAAGAUGGGAAAGGCGACAGCCACGGCCUCUUGUUCGGCGGCGUCACGGACUACUUGGCAUCGCCGAGGCCAGACGAAGACAACAAGAAGGACGACGCCAUUCGCGCGUGCAAGUUCUUCCUCUACAUAUCGACCCAGAUGGUCACUCCGUGCAGGAGCGCGCAUGACGGCGAUGACCCUAGCCCGACGGACGAUUGCAUCAAGCAUUUCGACGGCCUUUUCAAAGAGAUCUUGGGAUCAACGCUCCCUGAAAAGAACGCCGACAAGCUGGACAAGGUGUGCGAGGCGGUCGAGAUGGGCGGCGACGCCUCAAAGGUCAUGGGCUUCGAGGCGCAGCUGCUGCAGCCCGCCGCCCAGCUCUGCGCCCCCCCCCCACCCCACGUAAACCGAGGGGGGAUCUCGGAUGGGGCUCGGCGCAUGCAACACGCCGCCUGGGCGGCGCAGGAGCGGUC